GUGAUUAUUAAAGAGAAGGGUGGAGGAAGAAAGGAGGGUGAAGGGGUUUUUCUGAGAGAGCUUCGAGGUUGGUUCGCUGGUGCAGUUCCAACUCCAAGUCCACGCUGCAUUUCUUUCUCUUCUUGUCUCUUCUUAUACGCAAUAUAUAAAUUCAAUUCCAGGCACCGUCUCAUUCUUAGUUCAAUUCAAAAUCCUUCAUUCUGCUUCAACCAAACAAUGGCUUCUUUCAAUCUCUCUUAUUCUUCCUCACCAGCCCUCUCAUGUCCCCGGGCAAGCAAACACUUCAAAUUGUUCAAUGAUGUGCCUUUUGUCCGAAUGAAUUCUAAAUUUCCCUCAAGCGAUAUUGCUGUUAGUAGAAUUAAAGCUGGAGGAGGAGACCUACUUUCCUAUCCAAAGAGCAAUGACAUUGUGAUAGGCAAAAAUCUGGUUGGAGAUGAAUCUGUUCGAAUUGAUGUACAAUAUAAUGGAACAUCAACUGUAGACACAGGGAUAACAAGCAAUGUUUUCUCUGUUGAUGGUGAUGAAUUCGAUCUGGACAGCCCAACAGCAGGUUUUGCUUCCAUCCCCGAGGCCAUUGAAGACAUUCGGCAGGGAAAGAUGGUAGUGGUCGUCGACGAUGAGGAUCGAGAAAAUGAAGGAGACUUGAUAAUGGCAGCACAGUUGGCAACACCCGAGGCAAUGGCCUUUAUUGUGAAACAUGGAACUGGGAUAGUUUGUGUAAGCAUGAAAGAGGAAGAUUUAGAUAGAUUGGAACUUCCUUUGAUGGUAAACAGUAAGGAUAAUGAUGAGAAGCUUCGUACGGCAUUCACUGUGACAGUGGAUGCUAAACAUGGUACCAGCACCGGUGUGUCAGCUCAAGAUAGGGCAACAACAGUCUUAGCCCUUGCAUCUAGAGAUUCUACUCCAGGUGAUUUCAACCGCCCAGGCCAUAUUUUCCCACUAAAAUACAGGGAAGGUGGUGUCUUGAAGAGAGCUGGACACACAGAAGCUUCGGUUGAUCUUGCUGUACUUGCUGGCAUGGAUCCAGUGGCAGUUCUGUGUGAGAUUGUAGAUGACGAUGGGUCCAUGGCCAGACUGCCAAAACUUCGCCAGUUCGCAGAGCGUGAAAAUUUGAAAGUCGUAUCUAUCGCUGACUUAAUAAGAUAUAGAAGAAAAAGGGAUAAGCUGGUGGAUCGCGCUUCUGCUGCACGGAUACCUACAAUGUGGGGACCAUUCACAGCGUACUGUUACAGGUCCCUUUUGGACGGAAUAGAGCAUAUUGCAAUGGUUAAGGGUGAGAUUGGAGAUGGAGAAGAUGUCGUUGUGAGGGUACACUCGGAGUGUCUAACCGGAGACAUAUUUGGAUCUGCGAGAUGCGACUGCGGAAAUCAGCUUGCACUCUCAAUGCAACAGAUUGAAGCUGCUGGUAGAGGUGUGCUGGUAUAUCUCCGUGGACACGAAGGACGGGGUAUUGGAUUGGGCCACAAGCUUCGUGCUUAUAACCUACAGGAUGACGGACGUGAUACAGUAGAAGCCAACGAGGAGUUAGGAUUGCCUGUUGACUCCAGGGAAUACGGCAUUGGCGCUCAGAUAUUAAGGGACUUGGGUGUUAGAUCUAUGAAGCUGAUGACCAACAAUCCAGCAAAAUAUGUCGGGCUCAAAGGUUACGGUUUGACAGUUUCGGGUAGGAUCCCAAUAUUAUCUCUCAUUACUUCAGAGAACAAGAGAUAUUUAGAGACCAAACGUAUGAAAAUGGGUCAUAUAUAUGGCAUGGAAAGUGGAAACAAGGUUGAUGAUGACUCUAGUACUGUUACUGCCCCAUAGAAACAUAUUAUUCAUUUCUCUGAUAUUACCUUUACCAGAGACAGACAUUCUUCGUCUUCAAACAUUUAAACAUAGUUUCUUUCUUCAUUCUUUUUAUGCAACAAUUCAUUUACAGUUACCUCUGUAAUUUGAUAAAGAAGUCAUGAUUUGUAGCUCUACUGUGUUGUAUAGAUAAAUUCCUUUCC